AGUACAAAAUUCGACAAAACAAAAAGCUUAGUUAGGACAUGAGAGCAUGGAGGGAUCUAAAUAUUAAAAUAUCGAUCAAUAAAAUCGCUGAACGUAAAGGAAAUAUAGCCACUUAAAGAUUUAUGCUGAAGAAAAUAAUUAAAUUAUUGUAAAUGUAUUGCUAGAUAGCAAUGGAUAUCGGUAUGGAGUUUAUCUUCUGCACUGAUAGCUAACGUUAAUUUUAGCUAGAGAAACAUUGCCCGCUAUUUUGAAACCGACUUGCUUUUUCAAUUUCUAGAGACUAACUAGCAAACCACUGGGCGUUUAUCUUAUGAUAAUUAUCAUUUCACCUCGUUAUUAAUCCGCUAACGUUAGCGUGCUGAUUUUUUUUUAAAGGGGCUAACCAAGAACAAGUUUAGAUAGUUGCAAUGACUGCUGCAGUGUUUUUUGGGUGUGCGUUCAUUGCGUUUGGGCCAGCGUUUUCCCUAUUUAUUUUCACUAUCGCUAAAGACCCAUUGCGAGUCAUCAUUCUAAUUGCAGGGGCCUUCUUCUGGCUGGUGUCCUUACUGCUGUCCUCUCUGGUGUGGUUCAUAGCCACGAAGGCCACCAAUCCCCAGGACCUGACCCUGCAGAAAAACCUGCUCAUAUUUGGCAGUAUUUUCUCAGUCAUACUGCAGGAGGUGUUCCGCUUCGCAUACUACAGGCUGCUCAGGAAGGCAAAUGAGGGGCUGGCAGCCAUCAGUGAAGAAGACGGCCCCCCCCUUUCAGUCCGAGAAAUGGCCUAUGUGGCUGGACUGGGCUUUGGCAUCAUGAGUGGAGCCUUCUCCAUGAUCAACACUCUCUCUGACUCUCUGGGCCCAGGGACAGUGGGCAUGUUUGGAGACUCCCAGUACUACUUCAUCACCUCAGCCCUGAUGACCCUGGCGCUGACGAUGCUCCACACCUUCUGGGGGGUAGUGUUCUUUGAGGGCUGUGAGAGGAAGAGAUGGUGGGUGAUCGCUGUGGUGCUCUGUGUCCACCUGAUGGUCUUCAGCCUGUCUCUGUUGAACCCAUUCUACGUGGGCAGCAUUCUCCCGGUCUACGCCAUCAUGCUGCUGAUGGCCGUCUGGGCCUUCUUCUCCUCCGGUGGCUCCCUGCACAACAUCACUCUUCUCUGGACGUGUAGGAAAAGUAAUGCGGAGACGUCGUCAUAAUUCACAUUCCAUGUUGAUCUCUGAGGUCGAAGGGCAAUAGGAGCUUCUGUCGCUGCAGUGCUGUGUACAAACCAAAGCAGCCAAUCAAGAGAUGACACAGUCUCCACAUCAACCAAUCUCCACAUAAUAUGGGCUUAAUCAGAGCCCGGAAAUCAGCACUUCGCUGACCAAGGGAAAUCCUUCAUACUGUAUAUAGCUUGAAUGACACUAGUUUACACACACUUAGGCAUGUGUAAGCUUUUUUUGAAUGCAAGGAAACAACUUUUUUUUCGUUCUUUGUCUCUUCGCAGAUUUAGCUUUUGUGUGGACUUUUAAUCAAUCCACUCCCUUGCGUCAAUUAUUGAUCUUUGGUUUACUGAAUUAUGAUUUUAUUAUUAAGAAUGGUCAUUUGUUAAUGUAUUGCGAAGGGCAGAGCAGCACAAAUCAAAUGUCAUUUGUUAUGUGCCGAAUACAACAGUGAAAUGCUGACUUUACAAGCCCUUAACCAACAAUCCAGUUUGAAGAAAAAUACGUUUUUUUUUUAAAUAGCUAAGUAAAACAAUAAGAAAUAAAAGUAACAAAUCAUUUAAAGAGCAGCAGUAAAAAGAACAAUCGCGAGGCUAUAUACAGGGGGUACCGUUACAGAGUCAAUGUGCGGGGGCACCGGUUAGUCAAGGUAAUCUGUACAGGUAGCUAGAGUUAAAGUGCAACAGACUUUUGGCUCUGGUCAAAGAAAGAUUCUUCACCAGGGAUUCCCAAUUUUUUUUGUAGCCUCAACCUCAUUUCAAUGUUUUUUUGUUUUUUUUAAUUACGACCCACCAUUUUUAAUUUUUUACAUAUAUAAUUAUGUAAUCAAUGGACAAUGUUAACUUUUUUUAUUUGGUCAAUGACAGUCUUACAGAUCAGUCUGACUGUAUUUUUGACUGUAUUUUAAUCUGAAAACCAUAUGGUUUGAAUUGACUGAAAUGUAUUAGGAAAUGCAUAAGAUCAUCAGGCAAUAAUGUAUGAUCUUCUGUGUAGAAAAUAACCUUGGAAGAAAACUGACUUUAACCCAGGUUCUAUGAACCAAUCACCAAUUAUCGAUCGUGACCCCCCCCCCCAUUUUCAAAUCCCCUAGUUUGGGAAACCCUAUUAUACACACAUACAAAGGUAUGCAACAUCACUAUAUUGUGCAUUAUCUGCCCUGGCAGACACUGCCAUGUGUAGUACACAUCACAGGAGGUUGGUGGCACCUUAAUUGGGGAGGACGGGCUCGUGGUAAUGGCUAAUGCUGAAUCAGUGGAAUGUUUGAUGCCGUUCCAUUUAGCUCCAUUCCAGACAUUAUGAGCCAUCCUCCCCUCAGCAGCCCCCACUGGUACACAUUAUGUAAGGUAUUUUAAUGUUUUUAUUAUGCAAAUAAAAUGAUAAUGUUCUUGA